CCCGUAGCCGCCGCCAUGCCGCUGCCGCUGCCCGGCCGCCCCCGCCUCGGGCAGGCCCCGCUCCUGCCGCCGCUGCUGCUGUUGCUGCUGCUGGUGGUGGGCCCGGCGCGGCCCAUCUCCUUCCAGCUGCCGGGCAAGGCGCGGAAGUGCCUGCGGGAGGAGAUCCACCGCGACACGCUGGUCACGGGCGAGUACGAGAUCGGCGCCCCGCAGGGCUCCUCCACCGGACCCUCCGCCAACCUCAAGAUAACUGACUCAGCUGGGCACAUUCUGUAUGCCAAGGAGGAUGCCACUAAGGGCAAGUUUGCCUUCACCACUGAAGACUAUGAUAUGUUUGAGGCCUGCUUUGAGAGCAAGCUUCCUGUGGGAACAGGGAGGAUGCCGGACCAGCUCGUGACUCUGGAUAUGAAGCAUGGAGUUGAAGCAAAGAACUACGAGGAGAUUGCGAAAGUGGAGAAGUUGAAGCCUCUGGAAGUAGAAUUGAGGCGCCUGGAAGAUCUUUCAGAGUCUAUCGUUAAUGACUUUGCCUAUAUGAAGAAACGAGAGGAGGAGAUGAGGGACACAAAUGAGUCGACAAACACCCGGGUUCUAUACUUCAGCAUUUUCUCCAUGUGCUGUCUCAUCGGACUGGCCACCUGGCAGGUUUUCUACCUGCGUCGCUUCUUCAAGGCCAAGAAACUGAUUGAGUAAAGGAGCAAGUCCUCCUCCCCCUCCUCUCAGAUCCAGCUGGACACCGCUGGGACCCAGCCAUGGCCCCCUGGAGCCAUCUCACAGAUGAUACCCACUGACUGGAGCUUUUCUGCAGGAACCUGGACCCUAAAGGGGGAGGGGAGCCUAAACAUUGGAGGCAACGGGGGACUUGUAAAAUCCUGUUGGAUGUUGAGGGUG